GGCGCCGCUGGCCGAGGCGGAGGGGCGGGAUGGCGGCGCCGGCCCGCUGGGUGCUGUGCCUGUGCCUGGGCUGGUGCUGCCUGUGCCUGGCGCUGCCGGACCCGCCGCGGCCGGGCCGGGCCGGGCUGCGGCGGCGGGCGGCGCCGGGGGCCGUGCGGGGCGGCGGCAGCGCCCGGGCGGCCGAGGGUGCCGACGGCCCGGGGCGGCGGCGGCCCGAGCACGGGCACGGGCACGGGCGGCUGCCGGCGGCGGACGGGGUGGCGGAGCACAUGCUGCGGCUCUACGAGCAGUCCCGCGGCAGCCGGGACCCGCCGGCCGCGGCAGGGCCGCCGCUCCGCCGGGGCAACACCGUGCGCGCCUUCCGCCCGCUGCCCGCAGGGAGGCCGGAAGGGCAGGAGAUGUACGUUUUUAACUUGACGUCACUCACGGAGUCUGAGAACGUCCUGUCGGCCUCGGUGUAUUAUUACAUUGGAGAUCUGCUGCGGGUCAAGUGGAACUCCUCCCAGCCCAGCAGCUGCUCUCAUCACAGCCAGAGGAGACCCGACAUUCACAUAUGUCUGUCGGUUUGGACCUUUCCUUCUGUUGGGAACCAGCCUCGGAGCCUGGGACAUUUCCUAAUCAACGUCUCCACUGCUUCCCAGGCCGUCCUUUCCUGGCAGUGGGAGGACAUCACUGGGCUCCUGCAUGAAGCGAAGCGAAACCACGAGCUGCUGAUCGGUGUCAAAAUGGCUCUGAGGAGCCACCAGCCCUGGGAGAGGGCACCUCCUUGCUGUGAACCCUACAUCCUGAUCUAUGCCAACGACUCCGCCAUCUCAGAACCAGAGAGCGUGGUCUCCACUCUGCGAGGGCACCGUCACCCUCUGGCAGGAGCCUUUGCCAAGGCAGACGGCCGGGCGAGGAGCAGCCUCGGGAGGCGCCGGAGGACACGCUCUGCAGACACCCUGUUGCCGUUGCAGAACAACGAGCUGCCGGGGGCUGAGUACCCCUAUGGCCAGAAGGAGAGAUGGGGAGGCAGGAAACCCUACAAAACCUUCCAGCCGCAGUUAGCAGAGAGGGCCAGGAGUAAGAAAAAGCCAAGGAAGCCUCCUGGCCAGCAGAGGCAGACUCUGCAGUUCGAUGAGCGGACGCUGCAGAAGGCGAGGAGGAAGCAGUGGAACGAGCCCAGGUCCUGCGCCCGGCGCUACCUCAGGGUGGACUUUGCAGACAUCGGCUGGAGCGAGUGGAUCAUUUCCCCCAAGUCCUUCGAGGCCUAUUACUGCUCGGGGGAAUGCCAGUUUCCCAUCCCGAAGGCCCUGAAGCCGUCCAACCACGCCACCAUCCAGAGCAUCGUGCGCGCCGUCGGAGUCGUGCCCGGCGUCCCCGAGCCCUGCUGCGUUCCUGACAGAAUGUCCUCCCUCAGCAUCCUGUUCUUGGAUGAGAACAGGAACGUGGUGCUCAAGGUGUACCCCAACAUGACGGUGGAGUCGUGUGUGUGCAGAUAACCCCGGGAGGGCAGCGCUGGGGUUUGGGGCAGGGGCUGGGCAGGGCUCUCCUCACACCCGCGCUUGGGUGGCACUGCCCGGGCGUUGCCUCGGGACAGAAAAGAAACUGUGACCCGAUCCAAACCAGGAGGAUGGCAAUGGAAUGGAUUCCAAGGGGAGAGAGGACCAACUUCAUUGCUCUGGGAACGUGACCAACACGUGAGUCUUGGCAAUGGGACCUGACUGUUCCUGUGGAAAUGGAGAGAUGAAGGAGGAGGGAUUUGCAGGUUUUCCAGACUGCCAGAAGGACACAGUGAUCUAUUUUUAUACGAGAUUUUGGAAGCAGCACGAACUGUUAAUUGUUCUCUCUGUCCUUACAGGGACUGAUGGAGGGAGGGUUAGAGGUGUAACAUUCUUCAUUGUAAAGCUGAGCUUCUUGCCCUGGGUUCUUGGGUAGUGCAGCGAGGAGGGCAAAUCAGUCUGACCCCCUAAAAGGUAAUGCAGCUUAGCCGUGCAUCUCCUGGGUGUGACAUGCCAGCUCACCCCGUCUGUCUGUUCAUUUUCAUUGUCUUAUUCUUUGGAAGUCAGCUUUUUGGAGCUCAGUGAGAACCUCCCUCGUGAGAACCCAACCCAGGACUGCUGAGUUCAUAGCUGGGAUUUCCUCAAAAGCACAGAUUUUCUGUCCUGGCCAAGUUUUCCUGCUGUAGCAACUCAGCUGGCCAGGGAUAUGCAAGUCUCACACUCGGAGAAGCAUCUGGGCGACUUGUUCCUGACAAGUAUUCUAGAACAUAGUUCAAAUAAUCUCUGAGUUUUCUACCUGAAAGGAGGUUGUUUCCAGGUGGGGAUCAGCCUCUUCUCCCAGGUAACGAGCACCAGGAGAAGUCAUAGCCUCAAGCUGUACCAGAGCAGGUUCAGGCUGUACAGCAGGAAGAAUUUCUCCAUGGAAGGGGUGGUCAGGCACUGGUUUGAUUAGUGCCCUGUUAUUGCUUGUGAGAACAGCAUUUUCAAAUGAUUUCUGGUGAGAGGUUUAUCUUUGUUCAGGCUGUCAAUUAAAAAAAAUUUGAAAAUCACCCUCCAGCAGAAGUUAUUUUGUAUAUGGAAAGUUUUACAAAUGCUCUUUAUUUAUUUUAUUUGUGUGUCCCUCUUGUCCACUUAAUGUAUCCUUCUUUAUCUCAGCACUCUUUCAACACUGCAGUUUUUUGUCAGUGCAAAGAUGAAGUGUCAAAACUGUAGUGGAGUUCCAAGGACAGGUGCAACUGCACUGUCAAGGGUGUGUUUCACUACUGCUGGAUAAGCUUUGCCUGACCUGUGUUUUUUCCCUUCAGUAACGGGAAAGUUUCGCUGGGAACUCUGUAGAAAAUACAAAAUAAAAUUACUUUUUCAAAAGAAAA